ACUGAGUGUUGCUGUCAUUGGUUGUCUUCUGAUUGCUUUAUAUUUUUGCUUCGUUAGGGUUUCACGUGCUUCUGUCGUGUUCCUCUUUCUUUUCAGUUUCUAUCCUCAGCACUUGCUUUUCCUUUCGAACCUGAGUAUUUGCUUUUCCUUUUAUCCUGAAUAUCUGAUGUCAUCGGUUAUCUUCUUUGUUUCUUGUUCUUGUAUUACGGGGCCAUCACUCCGGCAAAGUUUGGUGUCAGGGUGUCAUGAGGAUAGUCUGAGACAUAAUGCCGCCUGCAGAUGUGUUUAUUGACCUGACGAGCGAUGACGCGCCUGGGAAUGGAGCUAGUGCUGUUGGGUUGACACCGGGGAUAGCGAGACCUGAGGAAAGGGCGGAGCAGGGAAGAGAAGAGUGGCGAUAUAAUGAUGGAGAUGGUGUAAGAGAAGAACAAUUGCCUGCAGUGGCGUCCAAAACCACGAAUCAUGCCGCUGCACCAUUAUCACGGAGGACGAUAGGCUUGGAUAGUGAUAGCGACAUUGAGAUUCUGGGCUCUGAAGGAGUUGGUCCAAAUAAGGACACCGGGGCCUGCGAACCAGUCACGCUUAACGAUGGCGAUGAAAACGACGGCAAUGGGAGUUUACGUACAUAUGGCGAGACUGCGGCCGGACUGCAUAGAACGAACCCAAGCACCCAGGCUUCUGUCGAGAUUAUACCGCAGAGCUCGAUGAAUAUUGAACAAUCACAUCCGGCAAGAAAGAGCUCACCUCCGGUUUCAUAUUCCGCGCCGGCAGGGGUUAUUAUCCUCUCAGACGACUUCCCCAGCAGCGUCAACUUUGACGAUAGCUGGAUGCCAAGCGAGCAAAGGUCGCCCAAGAGACGAAAACUAAGCCCGUCGCCUUUUCAUUCAGACGAGCUGGAUAUGGGUUUAUUGACUGGACCAAGGAGGACGAGUACUGCUGAUAAAGCAGCAAAGCAAACCGUCAAUACGGACCGUAAUGACGUGCAACUACCAGAGCAGGAGCACCCUAUAAGAGAUGUCGAGAAUGCAAAACAUAAGUCAUCCACUGCGGCAAGCAAAGCUCCGCUUGAAUUUUCAGAUCCCAUCAUUUUCACGUCCUCGCCGGGCGAUUUACCUGCUGCCCUCCCGACGAGUCGAAGACAACCCGCCGUCACGGAGAAUGUCAUUGUGGAGGAAGACAAUGAGAACGACGAUGAUGACAUUCCGCCUUUAUCUACCAUUACCAAUGCAGUCCUCCCUCCACGGCCUAGAGGGCCAGCGCGAUUCUCUCGUACCAUAUCUGCACCAUGCGCAUUUUCAAGUCUGGAUAAAUACGGACCAGCAUGGCGCACGGAAAAUUCAUACCCAGACACACAUCCCCAGUUGUAUAUAGACGACAAGAUCCCAACAGACGGCUACGACGACGACGACGAUAUUGUAACAGCAAGGCCAAAACCAACUAAGAGAAAACCCCAAACCACAUCAAUCUCAGCCUCCACCUCCACAUCUGCCGCGGCAUUAAAACGCGCCAAAGCCCGAGAGGCAGACCGCCUGCGCAAAGCACGCGAAAAAGAAGCCGAAAAGGAACGCAAACAGCGUCUCAAGGAAGAUAAAGCGCGGGAAAAGCAAAAAGCCCUUGACCUCGCACAAGUCAAUCGCGCAAAGACGGAUAAGAAGAUCUCCACGCCUGAAAUGAUCGUCGACCUGCCGUCCUCCAUGGCCGGGACGUCCGUCGAUACUCAAGUACGGGAAUACAUGAAGAACCUGCAAGUCGAGACAGCCACGCACAUCAGCAGCGUGCCAAACGUGGUCAAGUGGCGCAGAAAAGUCGUGGCGCGGUUCAAUGAGGAAAUGGAUCACUGGGAGCCUAUGCCUCUACAAGUCCAUGCCGAGAAGCAUGUUCUGUGUGUGCUACCUGCUGCGGAGUUUGUCGAUUUAGCUACCUCUGUGUCAUUAGCUACAUCUGUUUCUGAACCGGGCGGUAUCAGUGCUGGCCCUGAAACACGUCAAAGUGCGGGUUUAAAUGCAGUUGGUACCGUCAUCGACAGUACAUAUAACAAUAAUGAAGACGAAACACCCUCGACGACCGUCUCGCUGGAAACACACGUCCGCACGCUCAAAGCCGCAUAUCCCGGCUGCAAACCAAUCUAUCUCAUUGAGGGACUCACGGCGUGGAUGCGAAAGAAUAAGAAUUUGAGAAAUAGAGCCUACCAGGCUGCUGUGCUGAGGCAGAUGGAUGAUGAUAUGUCAACUACAUCCGCAACUGAUGGCGCUGCUCUGGCGUCAGUGUCAUUAGGCUCAGGUGUAGAUCCGGUUUCUGUUUCGGGUCCUGGUUCGGGUUCUGGUUCGGGUUCCGGCUCAGGUUCAGCAGCAGCAGCAGCAGCGCGAAGACGAGCAGCACAACCCCGAAAAAGAAAAACCCAAGUCAUCAUCGAUGAGGACACAAUAGAGGACGCACUCUUGCGGCUGCAAAUCCUGCAUGAAUGUCUCAUUCAUCAUACUGCCGUUCCGAACGAGACUGCAGAGUGGAUUGUCAAUUUUACGCAGCAUAUCAGUACCAUUCCCUAUCGUACACAGCGAUCGACCCUAAAUACGUCCUUCUGCAUGGACGUCGGACAGGUCAAGACGGGCGAAGACAAAUUCGACACCUUCAUCAAGAUGCUGCAGGAGAUUGUCCGCGUUACGGCGCCCAUAGCGUACGGGAUCGCAGCGGAGUAUCCUGAUGUCAAGAGUUUAAUGGGCGCGUUUAAGCGCCUGGGCCCGCUGGCGUUGCGGGAUUUGGCGAAAUCUGCGAAUCGGUCAGGAGGGUUCACGUCUGCGCGAAUAGGGCCGGCGAUAAGUCGUCGACUGUAUGCGGUGUUUAUGGGCACGGAUCCGGAUAGUAAUGAUGUUUAGCACUUGAGGUUCAUGAAGGAUUGGUCACGGAGUCAUGGAAAAGGGGUAUUUCCAAGAUUUAAUAAUUCGGGC